AUGACGUGUAACCCAAAUUGGCCUGAGAUUAAAAAUUCGCUUCAAUAUUGUGAUGAAUCUCAAAAUAGGCCUGAUUUGAUUUCAAGAGUGUUUCGUGCUAAGUUGGAAGAAUUGAAAGUUGACCUCCUAAAGAAAAAACUUUUUGGAGUGGUGAUAGCAUACACUUAUGUGAUUGAAUUCCAAAAGCGUGGCCUCCCACAUGCUCAUUUCUUAUUAAUCUUAGGGAAAACCCACAAAUUUUACUCGGGUAGGGAUGUUGAUGCAAUUGUUAGUGCAGAAAUACCUGACGCAGUUCAAAACCCUUCUUUGCACUCUUUAGUGGCAAAACACAUGAUACAUGGACCAUGUGGUCCUCUGAAUCCUCAAAAUCCAUGUAUGGUUGAGAAUUCCAGUGUUUCACUUUGCAAAAGUAAAUAUCCCAAGAGAUUUUCUGAUGCAACAGUUUUGGGAGAGAAUUCAUAUCCUACUUAUAAGCGCAGGGACAAUUCAAGGUUUGUUACCGUUCGUGGCCACCAAUUGGACAACAAAUGGGUGAUACCAUAUAACUCAUAUUUGUUAUCUAAAUUUGAUUGUCAUAUCAAUGUUGAAGUUUGUGCAACUAUUAAGUGCGUAAAGUACAUAUACAAGUAUAUAUAUAAAGGUCAUGAUAGAGUUGCAUUUAAUUUAUCUUCUGGAGAAGAGAUCAUUGACUUUGAUGAAAUAAAAGAAUACCAAAAUGCAAGAUGGGUAUCACCUCCUAAAGCUGCAUGGAGAAUAUAUGGGUUUAGCCUUGCUGAAAUAAAACCAUGCGUAGUAGACUUGCAGAUUCAUUUGGAGAACUACCAGUACAUGAGGUUUGAUGGAAAACAAGCUUUGAGUGAUCUUGUGGAUAAUCAACUUAGCUCAAAGACGAUGUUAACACAAUUUUUUUUCAUGAAUACGACUAAUGAAACAGCUAAGAGAUAG